GCCGCGCUGCUCCCCUGGCCCCGAGGAGAUGGAGGCGGCGGCGCGGCGGCGGCCGCGGGAGCAGGAGCAGGAGCAGGAGCGGCAGCAGGAGGAUGGCGGGCGGGUGCUGUCACGAUCCCUGUCGGGACAGUCCUACUGGCUGGACCUGUGGCUCUUCAUCCUCUUCGACCUGGCGCUUUUCCUGCUUAUCUACCUGCUGCCCUGAGGGCGCGGCCCAGGGCCAUUGCCACCAAGGGAAUUCUCACCCAUUUCGCACCUUAGGAACGCAGGCGAUGGAAAAGAAUGCAUUUGUGCGGGACGAGCAGCUGGGAACACGACUCCGCUUGAGUCUCGAUGGGGGAGGCACAUUUUCAUACUGUGUGGCAAUAGAUCUCUGUGUGUCACAAGUGCUGCUGUUCAGGUUUUACCUGUAUCCUGCUCCUGUGUCCUAAACUGUGCCUUAAGGGUCAUGUGUGACAGACUGACUGUGUUUUUGUGAUCAGCCCCUAAAGUUUGUUGUGCAGGAAUGGAAGUGUUCACUGUUAGAAUAAAAUCCACUGCAAGGACACCCUGCAGAGUGGCUGAGAAUAAAACCCAGCUCUUGUGUGCACUGGAGUUACAACUCAGACCUGUUCCCUCAAGAGAUGGAGCUUAGCCAGCCAUUCUACUUCCAAAAAGUUAAUCCUCAUGGGUUGAUGCUGGUUGGUUUUCUAUUAUACUGUCCUCUGUUUUUUCUUUCUUUACCUUCAGCAGUUACUGAGCCCUCUCAGGCUUGGUAUUUAUAAAUAUAAAUAUAUAUGUAUAUAAACAUGUCAGUGUUUAACCCA